AUGAAGAUAAUCACAGUUUGCAUGAUCUUGGCUAUGGCUUUCACAUUUUCCCAUGCUUCUGAUCCCAGCCCUCUUCAGGACUUCUGUGUGGCUAUUGAUGAUCCUAAAAAUGCAUUGUUUGUGAACGGAAAGUUCUGCAAGAAUCCAAAUCUUGUUUCGGCAGAUGAUUUCCUCUACCGAGGACUUAACAAGGCCGGGAAUACAGAAAAUCCACUUGGUUCAGUUGUAACCGCGGUUAAUGUUGCACAACUUAAAGGUUUGAAUACUCUUGGAAUCUCGGCAGCUCGUAUCGAUUUUGCGCCUUAUGGAUUGAAUCCACCCCACACGCACCCACGUGCCACGGAAGGUCUCAUUCAUUUCCAACAAAACGUGGGUAAUACCAAUGCAAUCGCUUUUGCUGGUCUUAGUAGUCAAAACCCGGGCGUUAUUACUAUCGCCAAUGCCGUGUUUGGUUCAGAUCCCAAAAUCUCUGUCGAUGUACUUAAAAAAGCAUUUCAAGUGGAAGAGAACUUGAUCAACUAUCUUCAAUCACAAUUCUGGUGGGACAACAACUAA